AUGACCCCCCGAGAUGACUCUCCACCAGCUUCGGCCAAAAGCGGAACGUCUCAGCCGCCAAAAGGAAACGCGUCGGAGCCCGCGCCAAAGAGACGCCGAGUCGCGCUGGCUUGUUCGGCGUGCAGAAUCCGCAAAUCACGGUGCAAUGGAGUGCGACCAAGAUGUGAUACGUGCGAUAAGCUUGGAUUCGAUUGUUCAUACGAACAGCAAGAAACCUCUGCGAAUCUUCUAGUCCCAAAAGACCUCUUUGCUGCAUUGGAGGCCAAAGUGAAGCUAUUGGAAACGAAUAUCGAACAGCACAAUAUUAGACUGAAUUUGGUUGAGGGUACACUAAAGACUCCAGCAAGUUCAAGGCAAGAUGUAACGCUUCCACUUCAUCACCAACCUGGAGAUGUGGUGGUCAACAUCGAUGAGAUACCGGAAAAUGGUGCUGGUCAGAGUAUGACUGAUGGCAUGGCUGUUUCCUUCGUAGAUGAGCAAGACUGCGGUUUCUUUGGUACGCCAACACGGUUUGUCCCUUUUGUUGAUCUUGUCUCACGCCAUUCUCUAGGGCCGUCAUCCAACAUCGCACUUAUGCGACACAUAUUGCGAGCUGUCGAUACAAAAAGAACACAGCACUGCGACCAGACUUCAUUAACACCAGCAUCAGAGUACAGUGCCUAUGAAGGUGGGCUAGUGAGUAAUUUGAACGCCUUUCCAGCGGCCUCGAGCGACUCUCAAAAGGCGGGCGCCAACCUCCUACCGCCAGAUAAGGUCAUGCAACGUCUCAUCCGUGCGUACUUUGACAACACAGGACUCUUGUUUCCGUACAUACACGAGCAAGAGUUUCUUGACACUUAUGAGAGAUUCCGAGCAAGUGGCUUUCGAGGUAAUGUUCGUCGGACUUGGCUCGGCCUCCUGAAUAUGAUCCUUGCAAUGGCAACUUGUACUUCUUGCUGGGAGGACUCGGGAAGUGAGACUACUUUUGAGGAGUCGGAUGUUUACUAUCGCAGGGCCCAGGAGCUUUGCCAUACUCAGAUGUUUAGGGGGACUACUCUUGAAACAGUCCAAUACCUCUUACUCACAAGUCAGUAUCUCCAGGGGACGCACAAGUCUGUUCAUACGUGGACCAUUCACGGCCUCGCUGUCAAAGCUGCCAUGUCUAUCGGACUUCACUCGAGGGACAUAGCGUCAAAGUUUACUCCUCUCCAGCAAGAGAUAAGGAAACGCACUUGGUUCGGAUGCAUCUUGCUUGAUAGAAGUCUGAGCCUCACGUUUGGCCGCCCAUGUGCUAUCCCAGAAGAGUACAUCCGCUUGGAUCUUCCAAAGCCACUACCAGUACCAAUCUCAAAUUCGGAUGAAGUGCAUAAGAUGAGCACUGCAUUCUACAAUGCUUCUAUAACUCUCUACAGGAUCAUGGGGCGAAUCAUUGGUUCACUUUAUGGUAGUAACCUUGGAUGUGAAGACCAGUCAUCAGAUACAGCCACAAUGACAUCAAUGAUCCAGUUCGGCCAGGAGCUCUCAGACUGGCAAAAUAAUUUGCCUCAGCAUCUAGGUUUGCGGUCUGUCGACAACAUGCCAGAUAAUACGGAUGAGAAUAUCCGAGAUCCAUUACGGGAAAAGUUCAGAAUCAUUCUUACGCUCAGAUACCUCAACGUUCAACUACUCCUCCAUCGCCCAAUCUUCAUUCGGUCUCUAGGUACUCUGCUGAGAGAGGCCAAAACGCCAUAUCGCCACGCGGGGUCUAUCAACAGCAUGCAUGCCAACUUUGACAGAGUCUUUGUUCAAGUCGCGGAAAACAUCAUAGAUAUUAUAUACACCAUAUUGACGAGGCCUGAUCAUGGGCGUCAUUUGAUUGGGGCGUGGUGGUUCACUCUCUACUAUGCCUUCAGUGCAGCAUUGGCAAUCUUUGGUAGCCUGUUGAUAUCUUUCGGCGCUGAAGCUGGAAACGCUGGCCGCCUCGAAAGUGCGAAACGAUAUCUCGGCAAGACUUGCGAGGCUCUUUUGAAGCUCAGCGAUAACAACACUCUGGUCCUACGCUGCGUCAAAUUCGUACAACAACUUCUCCGGAUUGUGAGCGCCUGGGAUGCGAGCACCACGACCCAAGCUGACCUUAAUAAUGAAUCUUUGGGAUCAUACCUGACGGCGGAAGGGGGCCCUAUUAAUUUUGACAUGGAGUCUGAUCUACUCUCAACGAUGCCGACCUGGGAGACAUCAACGCUUGGGUUCGGGGAUGAACUUGAGCUGGGCCAUUUCUUUGCUAGUGAUUCUCAGCGGUGGUUCGAACAGACACAAUGGUAA